UGAGCCCUUAUUGUGUAUUUGCCAACUUCACCAAGAUAGUGAGAAACCGCAAUUGUAUUUAUUUGCCCGGGCACAAAAAGUUUGCAUUGACAUUGGCAGCACUAUAGCUGCACCGGUUCUUGGUAUAAUAUCCAGACCGUCAUAGGUGUAGAGAAAUAUACGAGGAAGUCAUAUUGAGUCUCCGAAUAGUCCGUUUUGUUAUUCGCUGUAAUAACAGCCACGAUUUGUGGAUCCACACUCGGCGUUGCUCUUCACACAUUCGACACGCGAUUCCUCUGUGACUGUAAGAGUUAAAACUAUUGUUGGAAGAAGAGACGUUAUUGCUGGAUCUAUCCAAUGCGUUCAAUUACCGUAAGCUGAAUGAGGCCUAUUUCUCUAUCCUAACUGGUAUAUUGCUGUCAAUCCAAGUCUUGGGUGAUCCUUAAGCAAGCCAGCUAGAUAGCACACGUCAUGUCCCAAGAGUCGGCACUUAAGGAAGAGACAACGGCUUCGUACACCCUUCCAAAUCAUCUCGGCAUGGAAGAUACCUUAUACGGACAGUGCAGAAGGAUGGAUGACGCCAAACCCAUUGCAAUAAUUGAUCCGAUGACGGUGCAGAAAGUACAUGAUAGCAUCGAAGAACGAGGAUGUCAAACAGAACAGGUGGUAGAUGAACAGUUGAAAGAGUACUCGAGGCCUCCUAGCAGUGGUAUUGAAGUAGGAUGUCAGACAGAAAGACGUGUUUCGUCUUCAUCUCGGCGUAGGUCCGAAGGCACUUCCGCCACCAGGCGCAAAACUAGUAGCUCCUGUAUCAAGCAUAAUCCCGAUGCCAAAGAUUUCUUCUGUUCUGACUGCAGGACGUACGUCUGUUACUAUUGCGUCAUCAAUAAGCAUGUGGAGCACACUACAAUCAAUGCUCGCGAUCAGGAGGUCACCCAAGACGAAGAGAUUACCAAGUUGGUGACGAAGGCAAACAAAACGAAAGACUGGAUGAUAUCUUUUGGGAAAUUCAUCGAGGAACGCCAAACAUCGACGGCGGAAGUGGCUCGAGACUCUAUUGCGAAGGUCGAUGAGGACUUCAAGGAAAAGGUACAAAUCUUAGAACAAGAAAGGGAUUCGCGUGUCAGGUUUUAUGAGCAGAGGGAACAAGCAAUCAAUGAACUACUCGAGGGUAGAAAGACUGACAAUGAUGCACAGAUCAAUAUCAUUGACACUGUGCUGGAAUCGGUUCAGAAAGCGGUAGGUGUUCGGUUAUCUCAUGCUGAAUUAACGGCGCACGGAAUAUGCUGCAAACAGUUUCAGGAAAUGCUUGAGAACUGUAAGAUCGGUGAGUCCGAGGAAAGUAAAGUACAGAAAGAUACGGCAGUGCCGCGAUUCAAGAGAAAGUCUAUAAGGGGCUUAACAGAACUGGACCUUGUAGAAAGUGAUGAGCCAUGGAUUGUCAUGCAUGAUGUGCCCCUGAUCAAGGCCAGUAUGAAAACCAUGGCAACCAUGCAAGAUGGAAGGAUGGCAGUGGGUUUCCGAAAAGGAGGUGUUGCCAUUUGCACUCCUGAUGGUCACCAGCAGAUGACCAACCUCAAUGGCGUUACAAUCCAGGACAUGGCUGUCAUGACCGAAAGUCGUUUCGCCAUACUUGACAAGAAAAACCACCUGACCACCUACAUGCUCAUGGAGUUGAAACUGGAGAAACUGGACGUGAAGCCGUUCAAGACAUUAAGCAAGGAGAAAGGAGGCGAUGGCUCGGUCACAGUCAAUGGCUACGAUCACAUAUUCGUAGGGUACACCAAGGCAAUGAAGAUCCAGGAGUUCUUACCUGAAGGUGGGAAGGCUCUUCGAGAGCUGGAAUGCACCAACCAUCUCCCCAUCCAACUCUUCCAUCUCAAAGUCGACAAGCUGAUGGUGGUCAAAGGAAGGACCGACUUCAUCUUAACCCUCGAUAUGACCGAUGACACCGGUCGACCAAAGAAAUCUAUCAGCAAGGAAGGAGACGUGUGUGCUUACCCUGCAGUGUGUCUUGAUCAAACACUCAUCGUAGCCUGGGUGAGCAACAAAGACGGCUACGUCACCAUAGAUCGCUACACGCGGGAAUUGACGCACAUCGAGACGCUCAUCUCGGAGUAUAAGUUGCCGAAACAGGAGACUAACUACACUUUCCCUGAUCAUCUUCAGCAGUUCUUGUCCGGGGAGAUCGCAUUCUGCUCUCAAGACAGACUCUAUAUUUUUGCACACAACACCUAUGCGACGUGAACUAGCGUAACCUUUCUAUGAAGUUUAAUCAAGUAGAUAAUAGAGAGAUACUCAUUUAAUUGCUUUUAAUCUACUCUGAUGCACACGAUGCGGCACGAUGCAGCAUUUGCUGACGUUAUAUUGCGUCAGCGACUUGAGAAUCUUACUUAAGUGAAUGCCAAAUGAACAAUGCAAGCAUUGCAUUGAAUUACUGGUUAUGGACUAAUAAUCUUUAUAAGUUUAAAGGUAAUACAAAGUUUUGGAAUGGGGUCAUGAACUUGGUUCAAAUGAACAUAUUGGAAGCAUAUGCGAUCGUACAAUAUUUAAUGAUCGUUGUCGCGGUUGAAAUCGAGUCUAAAGUGAAGAAAUUGUGAACAAUAAACUCUUUAUGUUGUAAAAGUCCUGGUAAAGGUCCCUUCAAGAUUGAUAUUACUUUAGCUUUAAAACAAUGUUUCUUGACUAAAAUUGACCAAUUUUCUAUUUCCGUUUGCAAAUUAUAUAACCGCAUAUUUCGAGAUUUUCAUGGUCGCAGCUACCAUUGUAUGGCCGUAGGCGCUUUUAGAAAUUUAUCGGGAGCACCGAUAAAUUGAUAUUUUAAUUUCUCGAAAUCCUUAGCAUUUUAGAGCCUAAUCUUGUCAAAGUUGCUCAUUUUAACACUAGGUUUUUACAAUGUUAAUGCAAAUUUCAAAUUUCAUAAUCCAAUUCUGUUGAAAUAUACCCCCAUAUUUUGUAUUUCCUUUAAUGGGCUUCAUGUGGCAUUCAAAAUGACACCACGUGUGUUACGGGCAUUGGUCUUCCUGUUUAGACCAUGACACACUUGCGUUAUGCAUCGUUACACUAUCCUUUUCUUUUUAAGAAUGUUUAGAAAUUGUCAACAUGCAUGGAUAAAGGUGGAACUUUAAUUGUACAUGUAGUAUGCUUAGAUAGAAUGGUCAUCAGCAAGUUAUAUAUACUAUAUAUUACUACUAGAACAGUCAGGAAAUGAAUCAUGUAUGAAAAUUUCGAAUCGGCGACGAUGUAGAAAAGGAUAAACAUGUGAAUGGCAUGGGCCCCGUUUUAUAAAGAGUUGCGAUUAAUUCGAAUCAAUAGUACUACUAACUACACAGUUGCGAUUAAAUUUAAGUUGUGAUUGAUUUCAAUCAACCGCAACUCUUUAUAAUAGUUACAGAGCCCAGGACGACAAGAAAAACACAAAAACACUAACUGAAUAAAAUAAGAGAGGAAAAGUGGAGUCGUUAGAAAUUCCGUAUCGGAAGUUAUAAGUGCAAGCAGGGCGGGCUAAAGAUACACUGAGACCACUUUGAACACAGAAGCAAGAGACAAUUUGGGAUUAUUUUCCAGUUUAGUAUAUGUUGAUGAAAUAACAUUUCUAUGAAUGAUUCAAAAUUUCUCUCGAUGCUCACUUGCAAGAUUGAGAAACAAGAAAUUGCAUGCCUCUGACCGAAACAAAAAAAUAAUUCGAAAUACUUUGAGUAGUAUAGACUCCUAAGGUGAAAUGUAUCAAAAAUAUAUCUUGAAAAUAGUGAAGUCUUUCGAUUUAUAGAUAUUUGUAAAUAGCAACGAAAACAGACAUACUAAAGCUUUUCAUCUUGCCCUCAUCGGAUUAGACGCAAAGAAUAAACAUAAACCCGAAGUCAGAAAUAAUAAGAACAUUUGUAAAUACGGUACUGUGAUGGAAUACAUGUUUUUUUUUUUAUAGGUUGAAGUAUAUUAAAAGCGUCUCAACAAAUUUCAUAAACAAA